AUGUUCGCCAGCCACUGGCUAAAUGCCACCCGGCUUAACCCCGGCAAUGUCCGAAAGUUCUCCCUGCUUUCCACGCAUGCUUCCUUCCCAGCGACAUUGUAUCGAUUCCAGCUACAGCGGAAUGCGACAAUGUACGACGCGAACCAGGACGAGACCCGCCACAGAAAGGAUGGUAUCAAAGUAUCUGAAGAUGGAUUGGUUCACGCGAUGAUCUCAAAGUCCAGCCCCUACUCCAACGGGCCAGUCUUUAUGCCCAAUUCUCGUCUUAUGCAGCAGAUGCUGAAGUUUGAUUUCGAGCGGUACCAGGAGGAUAUCAACGACGGCAAGUCUAUUUUGGAUCCCACGGUUGUGUGUAUCCAGCGAGGUACUCCCAUUCCCUCCGCACUGGUACUCUGGAGGGAAGGUCUUUCUCGGUUUUCCCUGCAACCUUCAGAGCCUCUUGAAAUUGAAAAACUUAACGAUGUGCUUACCGAGUUCUAUGAGACACAUGCAACAGUCCUUGGUGCCGAGGAUUGGAUUGAGAAACAUCCAUACCGGGAGAGCUUCGCAGACCAGAAUGAGAAGGGCUGGAUGGAGGCAUAG